UGUCCUCCCCUGGAUUCUCCCCACUGGGCCCUCGAGCCCCUGCUCAUCCUGGGACAGCUCAGCGACCCCUGUGGGGUGUGGGGACCUGGGGCUGUGACAUGUCCCAUUGGAGGAAGCAGCAGCUGCACGCCCGGUUGCCCAGCCCCAGCCCCAGCCCCGACCCCCGGAGGGGCUGCAGGGUCAGUGGACAGGCAUGGCCUUCACACUCACCAGGCUCUCCCUCUGCAGAGGAAGCCGUCCCCGCCGCCUGCAAGACCAGGACGGUCAUUUAUGAGAUACCUCGGAGCCAGGUCGACCCCACGUCCGCCAACUUCCUGAUCUGGCCGCCGUGCGUGGAGGUGAAACGCUGCACCGGCUGCUGCAACACCAGCAGCGUUAAGUGCCAGCCGUCCCGCGUGCACCACCGCAGCGUCAAGGUGGCCAAGGUGGAGUACGUCAGGAAGAAGCCAAAGUUAAAAGAAGUGCAGGUGCGGCUGGAGGAGCACCUGGAGUGCACCUGCACGCCCACCGGCCCGAGCCCCGACUUCCGCGAGGAGGAGACAGAUGUGAGGUGAGGAUAAGCUAGCGGCCCUUUCCCGGGACACGGAUGUACAUGGCGUGUUACAUUCCUGAACCUACUAUGUACGGUGCUUACUGCCAGCGUGCGGUCUUUGUUCUCCUCCGUGAAAAACUGUCUCCACGCGCACCCUGGAGAACAAAGAGACAGUGUACGUCUGUUUAACGUGACAUCAAAGCGAGUAUUGUCGCGCUGGGCGAGCCGCUCAGAGCUUCCUUGUCCAAAACAGCGCGCAGAACGGAGCGGCUCCGACACGCUUCCCCCGCCGCGGGGAUGGAGGGCGCCUGCGGACGGACGCCACGCGGAUGGACUUCUGUCCGGGGCCACAGGUGCUUUGCCAAGGACACGGGUGGACCUGCUCUUGGCGGAGGACAGGCCGGCGCCGGGGCUGCCGGGGCACAGGAGCCUCUCGGAGCCGCCGCGGCCGUCGGAGCCGCAUCUCCUUGCUGUAGUGUUUAAGUCUAUACCGAACCUUUCUGAGAGCCUUAAGUGGGUUUUUUUUUACACCAUAAAGUGAUUAUUAAGCUUUCCUUUUUACUCUUCGCCUAGCUUUUUUUUUUUUUUUUUUUUAAAUUAUCUCUUGGAUGACAUUGACACCGGUAACACCAGGCUGCUGUAACCGCCGGGACAGCGAGACGGUACCUUUCCCAGCAGGAUGCGAGCGAAUGCGAUGUAUUAAAUAAACAUGGUAUACCCGCCUACGAGCAUUUCCUAGAUGUUUCUGGCUGCACGUGCUUCCCCUGGCCCCACCUCGUUUUGCUUUUUAAUUUAAGCCACAUUGAGAGAACCAUGCGUGAACCAAUCAGCCGCUGCCCGCCUCCCGUCCCCAGCGCUCCUCGCUCCUGCCGGGCGUGGCCGGGGAGGCGGCUCCCCCGCUGCCCGUGUCGGGACAUAACCCAAAUUCUUUAUUUUUGGUAAGAUGUUACGCUUCCGUGUACUCAAGAGAAACGUGUGUGUGUUGCUUUUCGUUUUUGUUUUGUAAAGGUGACGUUUGUAUUUUUAUCUAAUAUUACCAGUUUUAUA